CGCGGUGACAGUUUUGGAUCCAUCUCCGCCGGUGAAUGAACAGACGACAGAGGAUAUAAACCUAAAUCGGUUCCGUCAAUAAUCUUAAGCUCGAGCCGUGACUCAUGGCCCAAUUCGGGGGACAGAAGAACCCUCCGUGGGCGGCUCAGUUCACUGCCACAGGGGUGUCCCAGCCCAGCCACUCAGGACAGUCCCUGGACCUCAACAGCCUACACUCUCUAGGUGUGCAGCAGCCAUCUCUCCUGGGUGCGUCUCCCUCUAUGUACUCCCAGCAAUCGGCCCUGUCUGCAGCCUCCCUCAACUCCCAGUCGUCCGCCUCCAACUACCAGCUAUCCCAACAGACUGCAGCCCUGCAGCAGCAAGCUGCAGCCGCCGCCGCUGCAGCACUGCAACAGUCUCAAAUCAACUCGGCCUUGCAGCAGUAUCAGCAGCAACAACAACAGCAGCAACAGCAGCAGCAACAGCAGCAGCAGCAACAACAGCCUCCUCAGCAGCCUCCUCCUCAGCAGCUCUACAAUGUACCCCAUCAGCAACAUCAACAACAUACAGACUCAUACGGGCAACAUCAACAACAUACAGACUCAUACGGGCAACAUCAACAGCAUACAGACUUAUACGGGCUCCCCCAGCCCCAGCAAGCGCUGCUUUCACAGAACUGGAGUGGUGAAAACAAAUUCCCGCCCCCCGUGGCUCUCCCCACCAGCCUCUCUCUGUCCAACCCCCAGCAGACAGCCCAGAUCACCGUGUCCUACCCCACGCCUCGCUCCAGCCACCAGCAGCAGAGCCAGCAGCAAAGCCAGCCCCAGAAACAGCGAGUCUUCACCGGCGUUGUCAACAAGCUGCAUGACACCUUCGGCUUCGUGGAUGAGGACGUCUUCUUCCAGCUCAGUGCGGUGAAGGGGAAGACCCCCCAGGUGGGUGACAGGGUCCUAGUGGAGGCCGUGUACAACCCCAACAUGCCCUUCAAAUGGAACGCCCAGCGCAUUCAGACCUUACCUCAGCUGGCCAACCAAUCGCUUCAGCAGCAGCCCCAGUCCUUACCUCCAGUUCCCCCACAGCUGAGCAGCUUCUAUGCUGACCAGGGGAUGCAGCAGCGCUACUCAGACAUGCACUCCGUCGGCAUGGACAACAGACAAAAUAGCCAGCCUCCAGGCCCUAAUAUGAUGAAGCCGGGUCCCAACAUGCUCCAGUCUCUGCCUCCCCCCACCACGUUCAGUGUACAGGCCCAGGGUCCCCCUCCUCCCCUGCUCCAGGCCCAGCUCUCUGCUGCCUCCCUGGCCCCGCUCCUCCAUAACCCCCCUCCGCCCCUGCUGUCACAGCCACCACCCAAAGAUGUGUUCUCAGGAGGUCUGCUUCAGCCCCCAGUGAGGAUGAUGCCUCAGCCCGUCAGGCGUCUGGACCCCUCCCCCCGCUUCCCCAACCGUAACGACCGCCCUGAACUCAUUCUCAGGACCAAGGAUGAACGCAGUCGUGAAAGAGACCGUGAGCGCAGGCGGUCCAGAGAGCGCUCUCCCAUACGUAAACGCUCAAGGGACCGUUCUCCGAGACGUGACCGCUCCCCCCGCCGCCCUCGCAAGGUGGUGCCUCGCUAUACUGUCCAGUUCUCCAAGUUCAGCCUGGACGGUUCUAACUGUGACAUGAUGGAGCUGAGAAGACGCUACCAGAGCCUGUACAUCCCCAGUGACUUCUUUGAUGCUGUGUUCACCUGGGUGGAUGGCUUCCCCCUGCAACGGCCCUUCCAGUUCGGCAACUACUGUAACUUCCACAUCAUGCACAAGGAGGUGGACUCUCUGGUUAAGAACACUGCGGUGCUGGACCCUCCUGAUGCCAACCACACAUACAGCGCUAAGGUGAUGUUGCUGGCCAACCCCAGUCUAGAAGAGCUCUACCAUAAGUCCUGUGCUCUGGCUGAGGACCCUCAAGAACUCAGAGACUCCUUCCAGCACCCCGCCCGCCUCAUCAAGUUCCUGGUGGGGAUGCGGGGUAAGGACGAGGCCAUGGCAAUCGGGGGCCACUGGUCCCCCUCCCUGGAUGGAGCGGAGCCUGAGAAGGACCCGGCUGUGCUCAUAAAGACAGCCAUACGCUGUUGUAAGGCCCUCACAGGCAUAGACCUGAGUCUCUGCACUCAGUGGUAUCGUUUUGCAGAGAUUCGCUAUCAUCGCCCUGAGGAGACUCACAAGGGGCGGACAGUGCCCGCACAUGUGGAGACAGUGGUUUUGUUUCUCCCGGAUGUUUGGCAUUGUCUUCCUACCCGCUCAGAGUGGGAAGGGCUGUCGCGGGGACUUCGGGAGCAGCUGGCUGAGAAGCUGUCCGCCGAGCGGAAGGAGGCUGAUGGAGAACAGGAGGAAGAGGAGAAGGAUGAAGAAGAUUCAAAGGAGGUGACCACCCCGACACACUGGACUAAGCUUGAUCCAAAAUCAAUGAAGGUGAAUGACCUGCGCAAAGAGCUCGAGUCACGCUCCCUGAGCUCUAAGGGGUUGAAGUCCCAGCUGAUUGCCCGCCUCACCAAGCAGCUGAAAGUGGAGGAGCAGGUGGAGGAGGCCAAGGAGCCUGAGAAACCGGAGAGCCAGGUCCCUGAGGAGGAGGAGCCUCAACACAUGGAGGAAGACAGAGAGGAGGAGGAGAGGAAGAAGCAAGAGGAGUUGGAGCGCCAGCGCAGAGAGAAGCGCUACGUCCUGCCAGACGAGCCCACCAUCAUAGUUCACCCCAACUGGGCGGCCAAGAACGGCAAGUUUGACUGCAGCGUGAUGUCUCUGAGCGUGCUGCUGGACUACAGGGUGGAGGACAACAAGGAACACUCCUUCGAGGUGUCUCUGUUUGCGGAGCUGUUUAACGAGAUGCUACAGAGAGACUUUGGCUACAGGAUCUUCAAGGCCCUGGCCUCUGUGCCCUGCAAGGAUGACAAGAAAGACAAGAAGGAGAAGGCCAAGAAGGAGGCAGAGAAGAAGGAGGCAGAGAAGAAGGAGGCAGAGAAGAAGGAGGCAGAGAAGAAGGAGGCAGAGAAGAAGACAGAUGUGAAGAAAGUAAAGGAGGAGGAGAAUGGAGAGCCGGUGACAAAGAAGGCAAAAGAGGAGGAACCGGAGAAUAAGGAGGAGGGUGAGAAGGAGGAGGAGAAAGUGCUGAAGGAGGAUUCUAUAGAUGCGGAGGAGAAGGAGGAGGAUGAGAGCAGCAACACAAAUGCUGAGGAGUAUGACCCUCUGGAGGCCGAAGAUGCUGACGACGAUGAUGAAGAUGAUAAAGACGAUGAGGACUCUAACGGCAGGGACAGGAGAGAUGACCGCAGCAGCAGAGACGACAGGAAGUCCAAAGAGAGGUCCUCUAAAGACAAGGAGAAGGAGAAGAAGCAAAUGGUGACCUACAACAAGGACCUGCUCAUGGCCUUUGUCUACUUUGACCAGAGCCACUGUGGCUACCUGCUGGAGAAAGACCUGGAGGACAUCAUGUACACACUGGGGUUACAUCUGUCCAGAGCCCAGGUAAAGAAGUUGUUGAACAAGCCGGUGGUGAGAGAGUCUUGUUACUACCGUAAACUGACGGACGCAGCUAAAGAUGAGGCUGCUCCUUCUUUCAGUGAACCACUGCUAGACAACCUGCUAGGUAACCGUGCCUUGCUGCCCACGCUUGUGUCUCGUGGCCAGGCAGCGCCAGUGGAGGCUAGUGAGUCCGGAGGCGGCAGCAGUCUGAUAGUGUAUAAUGGAGCCAUGGUGGACGUGGGCAGCAUCAUGCAGAAACUGGACAAGAGUGAGAAGGCCAGGGAGGAGAUAGAGCAGAAACUCAUGGUGCAGGACUCCAAGAUGGCCGAGGACACCAAGCAAAUCCUCCAGCUGGUCUCAGCUAACCGAGCCCUGUCUAAAGAUCUGGAGGAGGUGAAGGGAACUCUGGGCCAGACGGAGAACAACUUCAGAGCUACGGAGGAAGAGAAGACUGUCUACCACGACCAGCUCAGCAAGACACUCAACAACCUGGGCAAUGCCAUUAAGGAACUGCAGGGAGUCCUCAAGAAGGAGGUUCCCUCAGAAGCCGCAGCUGACCAGAAAUCCCAAACAACUAAUGGUUCAGAUGAAUGAAAGAAUGAGUUGGACAGUGAAUGAGUUGUCUAAUUGGACACACUUCCUACAAAUCCUGUACAUAUGCCCUAAAAACAAGUUUAAUUUGGGUCUAUAGUUGUUGUUCUCUCUCUCAUGGCCAUAUAGUGUCAUUGGGUCAGUCCCAAGUAGCACCCUAUUCCCUAUGUAGUGCACUACUUUUGAACAGGACACAUUGGGCUCUGGUCAAAAGUACUGCACUAUAUAGGGAAUAGGGUCCCGUUUGGGACAAUGGGACAAAAGCUUUCACUUCAUUCAUUAGUUCUAAUGUUUUCAAGUGACCUCACUGUUUCCACCUGAAAAUAACAAGUUAAUUUCAUUGGUUUGAUAUCAGUUACAGUUUGAUUCGCUCUCGGGUUAUUAUGAUGCUUUCUAAUUGUGAAACUAUUAAUAACUGAUAUUUUGUUCAAAAUUGUGUUAAUUGCAUUGCGAAGUGCUUCUUUGCUUACGGUAUUAAUUUUUCAUUUUUGUAGCUGCUUCAAUUGCUGAUGAUAAUUUUAAUGUUUUUUGUUUUAGUCUGCAUUGGUUUGCUCAUUCAUCACCCUCCCCAAAUAGUAACAACGUUGAUGCCAGUAUGUGUGAGUUGUACUUUAUAUCAGAUCAUUCUAAUUAGCAAUAAUGGUGUUAUUUAUGUUCAAGUGAAUUCAUUAAAAAUAUAUAUAUUUAAAAGAAAAACAAUGAUAUUUGUAUGAAGACCUUGAAGAAGCUGUUUUUGAUGAGUCACCAGAAUGACAUGUUCCUCUUCUCUCUUCUCCCUGUUCUACUGACUGCUGAUCAAUAAACUCAUUGAUAAUUUUGUGUUUCCUCAUCCUACUUCGCUAUGUAAUUGACUAGACUGGCUGCCACUCUGUUCUGAGACAUGGGUUGUAUUCAUUAGGGAACACCGUAACAAAGCAACUGAACAAGAAAAUGAGUGUUUCUUAUUGGACACAUUCAGAUAGUACCUCUCCAUUUUGGCACGUUUGUUAAUGUUUGGUGCCCAAUGAAUACGACAGUAGUAUUGCAUGCAUCUCCUUAUGAGGAACCUCAGUCUCUUGAGGCUUCUUCCAGUAGCAAGCUUGUUUGAUCCCAGGAGUUGAGACAAUGUCAGUCGUGUGAUCUAUGUUACGUCUAUCCAGGGUGGGAUUGUUUAGUGUUGAGUUGAUUGUGUAAUGAAAAGGGAAGUAAAUACAAAGCCAAACCAUAAGCUGAAUGUCUCAACUACCAUCAAAAGGAACUGGAGCCCCAGGUCCCGUCCUGCCUUUUGACCACAGAUAAAAUGGUUGUGAUUCUAAACUAAAACCACAUGAGAAUACUACUGGAGUUCUGUUGUAGAAUUAUGGAUGUUCUAGAAGUGAUGUGUUUUCUGUUCUGGGUUUGUCCUAGAACUGUGUGAGGAGUUAUGAUUCUGUCCCUCCUUUCUCAGAUUGUUGGGCACCAGGGGUGAUGGUGGUGAUGUAUGAAUUUCUGGACGAGAGCCUAACUUGAGACAUGAGCCCAAAGCAGCCAAGUGCAUAUAAUUUUUCUAUUGAAAAUGUACUGUAUGGCUGUCCUGUGCAGAAUUAAAGGGGUCCAUUUGAA